CGGAGGAGAGCUUGCUGCGGGGCUCUGCCAGCCUGCCCUCCCUGAGACAGGGCGCGGGGAGCCUGCUGUCCGAGCGGCCGCGUACCUCCCCGCUGCAGCAGCCGCAGCCCCUGUGCACGGUGACCGUGGGCGGCCGGCAAGUCCGCCACGAACUCGUGCAUGGGCGGGGGCUCGGGCCGGCAUCCGUGAAGCGGUUGCCCUUCUGCGCCUACGACCCGGGGACGAAGGCGUAUGGCGCCCUCGCCGACGGCGACCUGCCGCCGCUGGAGGAGGUGCUGGACUCCUUCUUCUCGGAGCUGGGCCUGUCCUUGCCGGACAAGGCCGCGAAGGACCUGGAGGGGGCGAGCCGGUGCUCCGAGGCCAAGUACAGGCCCUACCGCAAGGGCCCGAGGCUGCCUCUCCGCCGGCACUUGCACGCUGGCACCUGCAUGCCGGACCUGCUGGCGGCCGACCGGCGGGCCCUCCAGGCCCACGCUGGCCCCACGAAUUCGUGAGGCCACCAGGAAGACCGAGGACGUUGUCGCCCGUUGUGCC